AUGGCCCAAGCGCGAGUCUCUCCGUCGGCAGCGCACUUCUCGUAUUCCACGCCGCCCAGCCCACUCUCUCUGGACGGCAAGCCGCACUCGUUGGAAGGUCGGGUCAGCAACCCUCCUCACGCGCAGCAAGACGCUGGUGUGGCGGAGGCGGCGGAGCUGACGGCGGACCUAGGCGCGAUGGGCAGAGACGAGGAGCUGGCGGAAGAGGGGAGCUGUGAGGGCGGAGGGGGGUUGGAGUGGCGGCGAGUGGUGGCGAUGCUGAUGCUCGGGGGAGUAGCGCUUCCCCAGGUGCCCAUAGAGCCGCGGUUGCGCAAGAGGAGCGUUCUGCAGGAGCAGUCAGCGCGACACCCGCUGCUGCCGCCACCCCAUUUGAGGGGCCUGAUUGGCUGCACCACCUGCACUCGGGCAAAACGCGGCUUCGUCAUCUAA